CCGGGCAACAGACAAACACGUGCUCUGGGUGCCACGGCCGUCCUGCAGCUUCGACGGCCCCGAUCCCGCGCCCGCCCGCGCGCCCCUUCCGGCAGCCUCGCCCGCACGGCGGCGGGGGCCGUCCUAGAGCUCCGCCUGCCCCGACCCCUCGCGCGCCCCGCGCGCCCGCUCCGCCAUCCACGCCAGCACGGCGCGAUGCCCGGCGGCCCUGGCCGCGGCCGGACUGGCCUCCCCUCCCCUGUCUGCCAGCCACCGCAGCACCGGGACGUGGCCCGCCUGCGCCGCUGCGUCCGCGGCGCGCGGCCCCCGGGGGCCCGUGCCGCCGACGACGUCGGCGCGCCGCUCCGCCAGGAGGGCGAGCACGGACGCGUGGCCGCCGAAGGCCGCCGAGUGCUCCGCGCGGGCGCCCGAGUGGAGCGCGGCGCCCAGGGCCGCGCGGGCCUCCAGCAGGAGGUCGAUGGCCUCGGAGUGCCCGUUCGAGGCGGCCAGAUGGAGGGGCUGGUGCCCGCCCCUCUCCGACGCCGCGCCCACCGCCGCCCGCCGCUGCAGCAGCAGUGCCGCGGCGGGCAGGUGGCCGCCGUACCCCGCUGCGAACCCCAACGGGGUGGUGCCGCUCCCGUCUGGCAGCUCCACGUGGGCUCCGAGGUCCAGCAGGCAGGAGAUCACCUCCGUGUGGCCGCUGGCGGCGGCGGCGUGGAGCGGCUGGGUGCCGUCCUUGGCGAGGGGGGCGUCCAGGCGCACACCGUGCUGCGCGAGAAGCUCGAUCGCCUCCACGUGCCCGUGCCUGAUGGCCAGGUGUAGCGACUUCAGGCCCCUCUUCUUCGGGCCGCCCAGUUUCAGGCCCUUGGCGACCAACCACCGUAUUACCGCUGCGUGCCCGGCGGUGGCGGCCUCUUGUAACACACGGCCUGGCAAUUCGCGGCGGCUGUACUGCCUCUCCAAGCCCUUCACGUCACCCUUCGCCGCCAGAGCCACGGCGCCCUCGGCAUAGCCGAGGCCGCCCAGGCCGAUCGUAACACCGCGGCUGCCGCCGCUGCUGCUGGCGGCGUUGUAAGUCGCAUGCCACCAGUGGCUUGGGAAGUAGACGAUUUCACCCCUGCGCUGAAGGCAACUUAUGGCGCCCUCCUCCUUGGCCGCGGUGCCAGCGUCCACCCUUACUCUCGCGCUGUCUGGUGGCUUCCCCUCUGGCGCCCGAAAGAACCACUGCUUCGAUCCCUGCACGAUUGCCAGCCAUGUCUCCUCGUGCUCGUGGUACGGGAGCCCCUCCCCAGUGUGGCCGAGGCUCACCACUGGAAAGAGGCUUAUCUUCUCCAGCAAAGGGGGCGUCUCGAUCAGCCCGAGCGCCAACAGCUCCUGGACGAAGGCGUCCUUUCGCGACGUUGUAAAGACCAGCGACUCCCGGCCCGACCGCACAGGCCGGGACGCCAGAAACUCGCUGCCCGACACAUUCGUCACCCCGUGCCACCCGCCCUGCUGCGCCACGGUGGCUGAACCGGCGCAGUGGGAGGGUGGAGCGCUGGAGGGUGCGCUGCCAGUCCUCCGCGCUCCAGCCCAGCACCUCCCAGCUCUCCGUCGCGCCCUCGAUCACUGCACGGCCCUCCUGCCCCGGAACUCCCUCGCGAACCGGCCGACGGCGCCAGGCGCGCGCGCGUCGAGCCGCUCCAGCUCGCAGCCAGGGUCAGCUAGGGUCCGCCCCUGCCGCGACCGACGACCACAGGGCCUGCAGCACGGCGACCCCGGCGCCCAUGGGAGGCCGGCCCCAACCCGCGGGCUGGUGAGAGCGCCGCCCGCGCCCCCUCCCGAAGGAGCCCGCUGCCGAGCCGAACUCGCCUGAACCAGGAUGGCU